GAUUUGUAGUUCCCGAGGCGCCCAGCCGCAGCCAGUCCAGCGGCUGUGCUCGGGUGAGGUGCCCAGGAACCCAGGCGGAAGUGGGGCGCCCCCCUCCCCAGACUGGGGCCGCGGUGAAGGCGACCUGUGGGUGAUCGAGAGGUGCCGGCAAGGCUCGUUGAGCUCAGGCGGGGCGAUCGAUCACUGCCCCCCGCCUCCUGGGUAGGGAGGAGUGCCAGGAGGAGGCAGGGCCGGGCUAGGCCAGGGGGGCCGGGCAGACUGACUGCAGGACAGCCGGACAUACGGCCAGGAGAUGCAAAAGAGAAAGGGGCCUCCCGCAGCCCCGGGACGGGGCGCCGCCGCAGCCCGGCAGCUGGGCCUGCUGGUGGACCUGUCCCCCGACGGUCUCAUGGUCCCUAAAGACACCAUGAACGAGGAGGAGUUGGAAGCUGAGUUCCUGGCCUUGGUGGGUGGCCAGGCCCCUGCCCUGGACAAGCUUCAGGGGAAAGGCCCACUGCCCAUGGACGCCAUUGAGAAGAUGGCUAGUCUCUGUAUGAGGGACCCAGAUGAGAGCGAGGAUGAGGGGACGGACGAGGACGUGGAGGCCGACGAGGACCUUCUGGCCGAGCUCCACGAGGUCCUUGAGGACGAGCAGAAGGUCUCCGCAGCCCAGCCUCUGACCCCCCAGCCCCAGGCCCCCAGUCCCGGGCUGGAGGGGACCCUGCUGGAAAGGGUGGCCUUGUACCAGGCAGCGGUAGCCGCAGCCAGGCAGGCAGGAGACAGCGCUAAGGCAAGGCGCUGUGAACGGGGCCUGAAGACCCUGGACGGUCUGCUGACUGCCGUGCGUAAGGGCCAGGCCAUCGAUGAAGGGGACAUCCCUCCUCCAGUGGUCCUUGGGGGGGGCCUGGCCACCCCGCCCAGCCACACCCCUGUGCACCCCAAGACCCCCGAAGCCGGGGUCACCGCGGAGAGGCCUCUGCCUGCUGUUCCCAGCGCCCCCAGGCCUCCAGGUGACAGCAGCCCCGGCCCCCACGCCCAGCUGCAGGCCCGGCAGCACCAAUACAAACUGGCCGCGCUCCACGCCAAGCAGCAGGGGGACCCGGCUGGAGCCACCCGCCUCUUCCGGGUGGCCAAGAGCUUCGACGCGGUCCUGGACGCCCUGAGCCGCGGGGAGCCCGUGGACCUGUCCCGAGUGCCCCCUCCACCUGACCAGCUACCCGCGGACCCACCGUCCCCGCAGCCCAGCGCGCCCUCCACGCCAGAGGCGCCCCCGGCCCCCCGGAGCCUCCUGGAGGCGCUGGAGCAGCGGAUGGAGCGGUACCAGGCAGCGGCGAUGCAGGCUUCGGGGCGUGGGGACGAGCGCAAGGCCCGCAUGCACCAACGCAUCCUCAAGCAAUACCAAGAUGCCAUCCGUGCCCACAAGGCCGGCCGACUGGUGAAUGUCGCUCAACUACCUGUGCCCCCAGGUUUCCCCCCAAUCCAGGGCCUGGAGGCCUCAGAGCCCAACCAGCCCAGCCUGGUGGGAGUUCUAGAAACCGCCAUGAAGCUGGCCCAGCAGGACGAUGCCUUGGAGGAUGACGAGGACGAGGACCCCAAGAAGGCCACUGGCACUCCAGCAGCCCAGCCCAAAGCCCCACCCUCCAGGACACAGCAGCCGGGACCUGCGCCCGCAGCCAAGGCGGCCCCCAAGGGCUCCUCUGCCAGAGCCCAGCAGCAGCUGGCAUUCCUGGAGGGCCGGCGGAAGCAACUCCUCCAGGCAGCCCUCCGGGCGAAGCAGAAGAACGACGUGGAAGGCGCCAAAAUGCACCUGCGCCAGGCCAAGGGGCUGGAGCCCAUGCUGGAGGCCUCCCGCAAUGGGCUGCCCGUCGACAUCGCCAAGGUACCGCCUGCCCCCGUGAACAAGGAUGACUUUGCUCUCCUGCAGCGGCCGGGGCCCGGGCUCUCCCAGGAGGCCGCCAGGCGCUAUGGAGAACUCGCCAAACUCCUGAGGCAACAGCAUGAGAUGUGUCUGAAUCAUUCGAACCAGUUCACCCACCUGGGCAACAUCACAGAGACCAGCAAGUUUGAGAAGCUGGCGGAGGACUGUAAGCGGAGCAUGGACAGCCUGAAGCAGGCCUUCUCCCGCGGGCUGCCCAGCCCCCACGUCCGCUUCGAGCAGAGGACCUUCAGUGUCAUCAAAAUCUUCCCGGACCUCAGCGCCAAUGACAUGGUUCUCUUCAUCCUCAAGGCAGUGAACCUCUCCACGCCCCCAGGCCUCUCCCCCGGCGACUUGGAUGUCUUUGUUCGGUUUGACUUCCCAUACCCCAACGUGGAGGAAGCUCAGAAGGACAAGACCAGCGUCAUCAAAGGCACGGACUCUCCAGAGUUCAAGGAACAGUUCAAGCUUUGUAUCAACCGUGCCCACCGAGGCUUCCGCCGUGCCGUGCAGAUCAAAGGCCUCAAAUUCGAGGUCAUCCACAAGGGGGGCCUGUUCAAGACUGACCGGGUCCUGGGUACAGCCCAGCUGAAGCUGGACUCACUGGAGACAUCUUGCGAAGUCCGGGAAGUCUUGGAGGUCCUAGACGGUCGCCGGCCCACGGGGGGCCGCUUGGAGGUGAUGGUGAGAAUCCGGGAGCCGCUCACGGCCCAGCAGCUGGAGACAGUGACCGAGAGGUGGAUGGUGGUGGACCCCGUGCCUGCUGCUCCACCCCCUCAGGUCAGCGGCCCCAAGGCCAAGGCCCCGCCGGUGCCCAUGCCCGCCAGGGAGCCGGGGAACAGCAGCAGGUCGGCCCAACCCCUGCACAGCCUCAGCGUGCUGGCGCUUGACCAGGAGCGGCUGGAAAGGAAGAUCCUGGCGCUGAGGCAGGCGCGGCGCCCCGUGCCCCCCCAGCUGGCCCAGCAGUACAAGGACAUCACGCAGCGCAGCCAGUGGCAGCGGACGCAGCUGGAGCAGGGGGGCCCGGCCAUCCGGCGGGAGUACGUGGCCCAGCUGGAGCGGCAGCUGCAGUUCUACACGGAGGCCACGCGGCGCUUGGGCAGCGACGGCAGCAGGGACGCCGCCAAGGAGGCCCUGUACCGCCGAAACCUGGUGGAGAGCGAGCUGCAGAGGCUCCGCAGGUGAGGAGGGGCCCCCCCACCCCGAGUCUGCAGAGCGGACCCCCAGCACCCCCAGGAGCCGCCCCGCCCGACAAGGCGACAAUCAGCUACAGUGGGGAUCGGCCCCCCCUUAACCCACACGAGCGGGGGGGGGGGGGGCGCCGGCACCCCCAGAACCAACCGUCCCCGGGGCGGGGAGGCAUCAGCCCCCCACCCCCCGACACAGAAGUGUUUGCACAGCCCCCUCCCCUGAAGCACUUUACUCUCUGCCCCACACUGGCCUGAACCCCAAAGUUCAUCUGUACCCCAAAGAUGCCGUGGGGCUCCUCGUCCCCACUUCGAGUCCGGGGGGGGCUCCCCACAGGGCUGCCCUGGCCAAGCUGGAGCCCACCCCCACCCCACCCCACCCCACCCCCCGGGCUGCCACCUGGAAUAAACAGCCAGGGUCACA